UACCGAUCGAAGAAGUUGUGGAAUCGCACGUGUAGCUCACAAAAGUGUCAACAUGGGGAAAAGGAAGCAAAAUAAGAAGAUUUUUGCCAAUUUGUCGAAGAAACAGAAGAAGCAUUUGAAAGAAUUUGGAGAGGAACAUCCGUUUCAUGACGUAGUCCAUGACCGACCAGAAAGAACUCAAAUUGUGGACUUGCCUGCAAACCCAGAACAGUCUGACCCUGUGGAGCAGGAGGAGGAAGAACCAGAACAGAAAACUGCUUAUCAGAAGCUUCUUUCUGCUCUGGGCCGAUCUGUCAGUGAGGAGCAGAGUGAAGAGGAGCAGAGCUCUGAUGACGAAGACAACAACCACGACGAAAUUCUCGCUGAAGGAGGCAGUGAUGGAGCUGACAGUGACGGUCAGGAUGGAGCAGGAAGGCACGAAGAGCAGAAUGCAGAGGAGCCUCUGGCUGAUGGAGAGCAGGAGGCAGGAGGUGAAGAGUUUGUAGAUGAGGAGCACGAGUCUCAGUUCUGUCUGGAAACUAACUUCUUGGGUGAAGUUGAACAGGCCGAAUGCUCUGCAGACCACCAGGACAACAAAGACAUGUUUUUGCAGCAUUUGGACACGGAGCUUAGUGAAGAUGAUGUGCAGAUGAUUACUUCUGGAAGCAAAAUCAAGGCUCAGAUCUCGUGGCCUAAAUUGGGCAGUCUGGUCUCCACCAGUCUUCUGGAGAGGUUUGGCCCCAUUGGCCUGCAGAAAGAAACAGGGCUUCCAGUUUUCCACAAACUCCUGGAGGGUUGUUGGAAUGAUCUGAACCAGUCCUCUGAGCUGCAGGGAGGAGCAGAGAAGAGCAUCAGCGCUCUUCAGCUGGAACUGUUGUCCCUCAUGGGCUCUUAUAAGGACCUGUACUACCCAGAGACCUGCCCUUUGAGCCGAGGGCCAUAUGUUCGCAGUGCGUACUGCCUUCACGUGCUCAACCACGUAUUGAAAGCCAACUCCCGUGUUCUGGCUCACAACUCCCAGCUGAAAGAGCGGAAAACUGAAUCUAGAGCUGGAGCUGAGCCACAGGACGAACCCAGAGACCAAGGUCUAACCCGUCCAAAGGUCCUGAUUCUGUUGCCUUUCCGGGGCGCAGCGCUACGAGUCGUCCAGGUGCUCGUCAGUCUGUUGGAAGCCAAAGGCAAGAAGAUUGUGGUUAGUCACAAGAAGAGGUUUAAAGAAGAGUUUGGAGAGAACCCGGAUGACAAACCGCCAAAUCUGAAGAGGCCAGAUGAUUACUACGCCGUCUUCUUAGGCAAUGUGGAUGAUCACUUCAGGAUAGGUGUCUCCAUCAUGAGGAGCAGCAUUCGUCUCUAUGCCCCCUUCUACUCCUCAGACAUCAUCAUUGCAUCUCCGUUGGGCCUUCGCACAGUGCUGGGAGCCGAAGGAGAAAGUAAGAGAGACUUUGACUUCCUCUCUUCCAUCGAGCUGCUGGUGGUGGACCAGGCAGAUGUUUUCCUCAUGCAGAACUGGGAGCAUGUCUUGCACGUGAUGAAGCACAUCAAUCUGCAGCCCCUGGACUCCCAUGGGGUGGACUUCUCCAGGGUGAGGAUGUGGAACCUGAACAGCUGGGCGAGACACUACCGGCAGACGCUCGUGUUCAGCUCCAUCCAGGACCCACAGAUCAACAACAUCAUGUCCAAACACUGUGCCAACUAUAGAGGACAGAUUGCCUCUAAGAACUUGCCAAGAACGGGCUCUAUCUGCCAGGUGCUGGUGCAGCUGCCCCACGUGUUCCAGAUGUUCUCAUCUGACAGCUUCAUGGACCAUGAUGCUCGGUUUGGGUUUUUUGUGGAUAAAGUCUUGCCUCAGUACAGAGACUCGGUUAUGUCCCACACUCUGAUCUACAUUCCGUCUUACUUCGAUUAUGUCCGCCUGCGUAACUACAUGAAGAAAGAAGAGAUCAGCUUCACCAGUAUCUGCGAAUACUCCAGCAAAUCAGAGGUGUGCAGAGCCAGGCACGUCUUCCAGAAAGGGACCAAACAGUUUCUGCUCUUCACCGAACGCUUCCACUUCUACAAGAGGUACACCAUCAAAGGGAUCCAGAACCUGAUCUUUUAUGCUCUGCCUUCAUACCCCCACUUCUACAGCGAGCUGUGUAACAUGCUGACAGCAGGGGGUCAUGCGGAUGAGGCCAGCUGGACCUGCACAGCCUUGUACUCCCGCUAUGAUGCCUACAAGCUGGUUGCCAUCGUGGGAGCCCAGCGAGGUGGACAGAUGCUGCAUUCCAGCAAGAGCGUUCAUCUUUUUAUUACAGGAGGUGAAGAUCCCACCUCCUGAUGGAGCAGGAUGGCUUGAGGCGGGGGCUGUCGAACCCGGACCUGAGAUUGAGUUCUGCUGAACGUGAAUGUCCACGUCCUGAUCUGUGCCUUCGUGAGGAUGUGACAGGUUUCCACCAGAUGUCACGCAGCCAUACAACUUCUGGGAAAAAAUGUAUCACUUGGAAACAAAAUCACAAUUUCAAACCAGAAUAACUGCAGUUUUAAUGAAGCUCUAACUUUGGUUAAAUGUUCUGUGACUUAAAGCAUGCAGGAAAGGCACAUAAAAAAGUUCAGCCUUUUGGAAAGCAGAGGGUGUGCGCACGUGUGCACGUUAAACAAGCAGAAAAACUCAGAAUACAUAAAUGCAGAUGCAGUGAUCAUAUUCUAGCAGUCAGAUUUAACUGUUUUAAAAAAGUGAUUACAGAUCAUGGAUUCUCUUUGUUUUGGUGGGGAAAACAAAUGUCCUUUUAAAUAAAACAAGAAAUACAGAAAUCAGUUAUUGUUGCAAUAGAAAAGUGUUUUUUUGUCAAAGUCACCCACCACAAUUUUCAGAAACUUAGUGUUCCUCACCUCUGCCAUACAGAGGUCAAAAGUUAGAAUAAAAUUAACACAAAUGUUGAAUAAAUGUCAGUGUGCUGAAUGAGUCACGUCUAAUUUAGUUCAAGCCCCUUCUGUCAGGACUGUGACCUUGAACAUUUUCUCCAAGGUAACAUUUUGUGGAAUUGGAAAAGUAGUGCAGGUGGCAGUUUGUGCUCUCUGAGUGCGGCACUCUAGUUCCACAUGAGCCAUUUCCAUUUGGUCUAUCGCUCACAUGUUUUACUUUAGUUUUCUUACAACUGCUUCAAACGUGUCAACAAAUGGAAAUAUUUGCAGAGAAACAGAACCAAUAAGACAAUAACCAGCCAAACCUGUAUGAAGACUGACCCCUGCUGGUGACAAGAAAAACUCCGUGUUCAGCCACAAAGUAUGAGUGGGCGAAGCCUCAGUCUGUAUCAAAGGGUGGGGAAAC